AUGCUCGCUCAAUAUCCGUUGGCCGAGCCAAUUACGCUUUCCCCUCAGAUGCCUCGCUCCAGCUCUGACAGCGACAAUCGAUACCAGCACCACCUCAGCUACGGCGGCAUAUUUUCAGCUCCGUCGAUGAGCUCCAAGUCCAGCGACUCGAGCUCGCGAUCGACGUCGCAAUCAUCCACUGCGCCAUGGACACCCUCGACGCCAGCUAUCUACCAGUCGCAAGCCCCGCUACUCCCCGCUCUACCGGUGGGCGAUCAACCUCUGCAAGACAACAAGGGCCUCGCAGACUACUAUCUGCAGUCGUUGCUACUCUUCCAAGGGAACUCUGCGCCAAACCACCUGGCCACACCCUCAGCUUCGUACAGUCAAAUCCACCAUGGCUCCUCAUCACCAUACACCGCCGAGUCCCAGACCAUGCCGAAUUCGCCCAUGCCUGCCACACCCACAACGCCGUUCCAGCCAUCAUACUUUGCCUGGCCUACGCUGCCCGACACGCCCGCAACUCAGCCUCAGUACAUCCAGCAGCAGGAGCCUUACUCCUCGCAAAGCAACCAUCACUAUCAGCAGCCGCAACAACAGCAGUCUGGCGUCGCCGGUCCAUCAAGGCUGCCAAAGUCAUACCACCAGCGCGCCACGUCUGACCCUGUCGCGUCACCCGCACCUCGUCCUUCUCGUAAUGCCGCAUACCAGACUCGGGUGCGCGAGCAGCGUCACGCCCUGCACGUCGUCCUCACGGAUGCAGCUGUAGCCUUCUGCCGUACCGAGCCCCGCAAUGCCGCCGACCUCGUCGCGUCACCAUCCCUCCUGGCAGGCAUCCAAUCGGCUAUGGACUGGCAAACGCAAGACGGAGGAUCUUCAGCGGCCGUGUCCGAGGAGCAAAAGAUGCGCUACAAGCAGCGUGAACGAUGCGCCGAGGUCAAGAACAUGUACAAGCUCAAGAUGGUCUGCCAACGCGCCGUCGAGUGGCAUCGGGAGCGCGGCAGCAGCGGCGGUGGGAUUGUGCGCCCUCAAGAUGAGGAAGCUUGGCAGAGAUUGCGCAAUGUCUUCAUUGCCUCCCAAAAGCUUUGGCCUCUUCUCCUCGCUGCCGAGAAGCGACUCGACUCGGCUGUUCUGGGUACAAAGGCCGUUGAGGACGGCUCGAGCAUUUUGACCGAGUGCUUGGGCCUCGUAUCGCCGCGCGCGUCAUAGAGAUUUCCGAGAAUACCGAUAGAUGGACCCUUGUUCGUAUCGUUUUGCCCCGUUCGUGUAAUUAUAGAGUAUUUGUACCGUUGUAUCGGAUCAAUCGUGUGAGACGUGGGGUCAAGGCAGGGACGUGAUGACGCUCGGACCCCUUCA